ACACGUCACCCAAGAUGGCUGUCCACGAAGCUUUGAAGCUUCACAUCACAUCUGAUAAGUUUAUUAUAGAACCAUCAGAUAGUAAUGUCAAUGAAUUGUUGAUCAUUGAUAGAGUUUCGCAAGAUAUUUCACUACAAGGAAAUAAAGGUCAGAUACCAGCUUCAGCUAUCACUAGAACUAUCUAUGGUCAGAUAGCUGACAAUAAAUUAUAUAUUACUAUGGUAGAAGCAGUUCUACGAACAGAAAGUUAUUAUUUCUCUUCAACAUAUGAUUUAACACAUUCAGCCCAACGUUUAGCAAACACUAGUACAGAUUUUACUUCUAUGGGUUUAUUAGAAAGGGCAGAUCAAAGAUUUGUGUGGAAUGGACAUGUUUUAAGAGAGUUCAGUCAACAACCAGAGUUAUCGAAAUAUAGUCUACCAAUUUUACAUGGCUUUAUAUGUAUACAGUCUAAUACAGUGAAUAAUAAACAGUUUGAGUAUAUAGUGAUAUCUAGACGCUGUGUAUAUAGAGCUGGUACUAGGUUUUAUAUGAGAGGAUUAGAUCAACAAGGACAAGUAGCUAACUUUGUAGAAACUGAACAAUUAGUUUUAUAUGAAGGACAGAAAUGCUCUUUGGUUCAGACCAGGGGAUCAAUACCAUUAUUUUGGUAUCAAAGACCAAAUUUAAAAAGAAUGCCAUUACCUUUAAUUAGUUCAUUAUAUAAUCAUAUGGAUGGAUUUAAACGUCAUUUUGAUGAUCAAGUCUACAACUAUGGUAAACAAGUUAUUAUUAAUUUAGUAAAUCAGACAGGUUAUGAACAUUUAAUGGAGAAAGCUUUAUCACAGACAAUUUUAAACUCACAAAAUCUCAAUAUCAGGUAUGAACCGUUUGACUUUCACCAGAUGUGUAAAAAGAUGAGAUGGGAUAGGUUGUCAAUAUUAAUCAAUAAUUUAGAAAAUGAUAGAAGACAGUUUGGUUAUUUUAUGCAGAAUAAAGAUGGUAAAGUAAUAAGUCAACAGAAUGGUGUAUUUCGUACUAACUGUAUGGAUUGUUUAGAUAGAACUAAUGUAGUACAGAGUAUGAUAGCUCGUGAAACAUUACAAGAACAGUUACAGAGAUUAGGUAUACUAGAAGUUGGUAGUAAGAUAGAAAUAGGUAGCAAUCUGGAUAUCAAUCUAAAAAAUUUAUGGGCUGACCAUGCUGAUACUAUAUCUAAACAAUACGCUGGUACUGGGGCUUUAAAAACAGACUUUACAAGAACGGGUAAAAGAACUAAAAUGGGAUUAGUUAUGGAUGGUUGGAAUACAGCUGUUCGAUAUUUUAAAAAUAAUUUUACUGAUGGAUUUAGACAAGAUGCAAUAGAUCUAUUCCUGGGUAAUUAUGUAGUAGAAGAAAAUGAAGGUAUUACUCUUCCCUCACCAUUUAGAUUAGAAAGAGAUUGGAAAGUUAUUUCAUUACCAAUCAUCUGUUUAGUAGCACUGGCCAUGUGUUUAAUUUGUAUUCUACUUCCUAGUGAGCAUUUUAGUGAACAAGUGAUGUAUCUGGCAUUUUGGGGAGGUUUUGCUUUCAUCUCUUUAGCAGCCAUGUAUAUUUAUGGACAAGAAUUUGUUGAUUUACCAAGACUUGCUCAAUCCAAAGUCAAAGCCGAAUAGACAUGUUUUAUUGGGAAUAGUUGCUUAAUGAACAGUAUACAAAUACUCUGACUGCCAUAUUUAGUUGAAGGUCAAGAGUGAAAACACAGCAAAUUUAUUGAAAAAAUCUCUACAGUGUGUAGCAAUGUAUGUUGUAUGUUUUAAUGAAGGUGUAUACCAGGAUGUAUCUAUCAAAGACUUUUAAAAAUUUCCUUUAUUUAUUAACUAACUGUUUAUAAUUACAGUAACAGUUCAUUGUUUAAAUAGCUACUAAGUAGCUCUGUGUUGUGAUCAUGACCAGUAGAAAACACAGUGGAACUUCAAAAGUAUGCAAAAAAAUAAAAGAUUUGGUACAUUUAUUAGAGAAUAUAGUUAAAAAUUCAAAAAAAAGAAAACUAAGAAACCCCAAAACUUCAGUUGGAAAUUCUUAUAGUUGUAAACCUUCUUCUUUGUUUUUUUUUUACUUUGUUGAUUUUUCCUAAAUUUCUAAUGGAUUAUUCACUUUUUGAAAUUUAUGCCUGAAAUACCUGUAAUAUAUAAUAUUUUAAUACCACUGACCAGUCAUGUCAAUUGUAAAUACAAUGGUUUUAGUAUAUAUAUAUUUUAUUUUUAGAAGGCACAACAUGAUUAAUUUAAGUAGAGUAAUUUCUCUUAUUCUUCAACAGUAUAUUGUACUGAAGUUUAUUUUAACGAAAGCCAACAUCAACGAAUAGUUUGUUUUGUCAAGCCAAGAUAUUUUUGCCCUUAAGGUCAAGAACAAAACAUUUUCAAGAUUUGAGUUGAAGUUUUUUUUUACCUAUCUAGAACUGUUAUCCUUGUAAGACAUUUAGAAGUAUCACAGCACAUUAAGAGACUACAGUUUUGUGGAUGUAGACAUCUAUUUAAAUAAAAAGUCUAUAUUCAUAAAAUUGUUGUCUCUCUAUCUAGAUCUAUUUAUCAAAAGUGUUCUGUAACUCUCUACUGUAUUCAGUUCUUUGCUGAAUGUAUAAGUUAAUUACUGAAGAAUAUUAGCAAUAUAGUCUGGUCUUAAAUAUGAAUAAUGAAUGUAUUCAUGCAAUACAAGUGAGUCACAUCUGGGAGAAUUUCAAAUAAUUUAGUAUAUUAUAUCAAUGUAGUUUAAAUGGUGAUGAACAUAAAACCUCCUUCUCAGAUGAAACAAUUACUAUAAUAUAAUGUUGACAAGUGAAAAUAUACAAGGCACUAAAAAAAAGUAUAUCAACAACUAUACAAAACUUAUACAUAAAUAUAAAACAAACAAUUUAAAAACAUGGCAUAAUGAAUCCGAGAUUUCAAUAUAAUUUGGACGGAUAAACAAUGGAUAUGAAAUUAUGACCAAGAUUAGAGAUAACUGAAAAUUAUACAAGUCUCUCUCCAAUGAGAAAUUAAAAUAUGUACAGUAUUUCAAAUUUUGUGGACAUAAUUAUGUAAACAAAGAUGUACUCAUGCCCCACCCCAUAUCUAGCUUUGUUAAAGUCUAUAUAUGACAGAUCAUACUGUUUUCUUCUUGAUUUUUAUGAGAAAAUUUAGAUAGAAAGAAAUGCUCAUUUGUUUUUAUAGCGUUACAGAUGAAGAGAACACUUUUAUCAGUCUCCAAGAUAAACCGGUCUCAUAGAAUAGUAUAAUCAUAUUUUCUACCAAUCUGCUAAAGCUUAAAACCUAUUUGAUUUUCUUUUUUUCUCCUGUUUUAUUAUGAGAAAAUGUAUAUUUCAGGAAAUACUAAAUUUGUUUAUAUAAGGUUACAGAUAAAAAUGCUAAAAUCUUUUUCAGUUCAGCUUUUGUGAGUAGUCCUCGGUGUGUAGGUCUGUGAUAGAGUAGAGUCAAAUUUUUCUACCAAUCUUUUGUUUUAAAGUUAACCAAAAUGGCUCAAAACCACUGUCUAUUAAAGUAUAAU